GUGGUGCCAGCUCUGUCUGACGUGUUUAUACAGGAUGUGGCUGUGGGGGGCCGGAAGUACACUGGUCCUGUCCUCCACAGGAGAGGUCUAUACCUGGGGCAGCAAUUCAGAGGGACAGUUGGGUCUGGGCCACACCAACCAUGUGAGAGAGCCCACCCUGGUGACAUCACUACAGGGGAAGGACAUUCACCAGGUCUCUGCUGGUCGCUGUCACUCUGCUGCCUGGACCGCUCCGUCUGUCCCUCCCCGGGCUCCGGGUUCCUCCGUACCCCUCCAGCUCGGCCUGCCGUCAGCGGUGCCUCCCCAGUUCAGCUCUCUGAGAGAGGUCAGCAUGGAGGCAGUCCUCAACCCAGACUACGUGUUCUUUAUCACUUCUCUGACCUCAUGUACUCAUCAUGGAGAUUACUCAACCUCAGCCCCAACAACCAGAGCUGUACGUCCCACUACAACACAGGGACGUGGGGCAUCGUCCAGGGCCAGUUGAGGCCCCUGCUGGCCCCCAGAGUCUAUACUCUCCCCAUGGUGAGGUCCAUAGGGAAGACUAUGGUGCAAGGAAAGAACUAUGGACCCCAAAUCACUGUCAAAAGGAUCUCCACACGGGGUCGUAAGUGUAAGCCCAUCUUUGUGCAGAUAGCCCGUCAGGUGGUCAAGCUGAAUGCGUCUGACCUGCGGCUGCCGUCCAGGGCCUGGAAGGUCAAGCUGGUGGGGGAGGGGGCCGACGAUGCUGGAGGGGUGUUUGAUGACACCAUCACUGAGAUGUGUCAGGAGUUGGAGACUGGAGUAGUGGAUCUCCUCAUCCCCUCCCCCAACGCCACAGCUGAGGUGGGCUACAACAGAGACAGGUUCCUGCUGAGCCCGUCAUCCUGUCUGGAUGAGCAGCUCCUCCAGUUUAAGUUCCUGGGCAUCCUGAUGGGGGUGGCUAUCCGGACCAAGAAGCCCCUGGACCUGCACCUUGCCCCCAUGGUGUGGAAGCAGCUGUGUUGUAUUCCUCUGGUCCUGGAGGAUCUAGAGGAGGUGGACCUGCUCUACGUUCAGACACUCAACAGCAUUCUUCACAUUGAAGACAGCGGCAUCACUGAGGAUCAUUUCCAUGAGAUGAUUCCUCUGGAUUCGUUCGUGGGUCAGAGUGCGGACGGUAAGAUGGUUCCUAUUAUCCCCGGGGGAAACAGCAUCCCUCUGACCUUCUCCAACAGGAAGGAGUAUGUAGCCCGGGCCAUCGAGUACCGCCUGCACGAGAUAGACAGACAGGUGGCGGUGGUGCGUGAGGGCAUGUCCUGGAUCGUCCCUGUCCCUCUCCUCUCCCUCCUCACAGCCAAACAACUGGAACAGAUGGUUUGUGGGAUGCCAGAGAUCAGUGUGGACGUGCUCAAGAAGGUUGUGCGGUACCGUGAGGUAGAAGAGCAUCACACUCAGGUCCAGUGGUCUGGCAGACCCUAGAGGACUUCUCCAACGAGGAGAGGGUUCUGUUCAUGCGCUUCGUCUCGGGACGGUCCAGGCUGCCCGCCAACACAGCUGACAUCUCCCAGAGGUUCCAGAUCAUGAAGGUGGACCGGCCAUAUGACAGCCUGCCGACCUCCCAGACCUGUUUCUUCCAGCUGCGCCUGCCUCCUUACUCCAGCCAGACGGUGAUGGCAGAGAGACUCCGCUACGCCAUCAACAACUGUCGCUCCAUCGACAUGGACAACUACAUGUUGUCACGCAACGUAGACAACGCCGAGGGCUCGGACACCGACUACUGACCAACCACAGUCUGCCCAGACCAGAUGCACCCUCACCACACACACACACACACACACACAACUUAGACAACGCCGAGGGCUCGGACACCGACUACUGACCAACCACAGUCUGCCCAGUCCAGAUGCACUUUCCUCUCCUCUCACAGACCCUCACCACACACACACACACACACACACACACAACCCAGGAAAGACCGGGCCUGGAUAGAAUAUAGACUGUCCUCUCCUCUCACAGACCCUCACCACACACACACACACAAACACACACACAACGAGACCCAGGAAAGACCGGGCCUGGAUAGAAUAUAGACUGUCCUCUCCUCUCACAGACCCUCACCACACACACACACACACAACACACACACAACGAGACCCAGGAAAGACCGGGCCUGGAUAGAAUAUAGACUGUCCUCUCCUCUCACAGACCCUCACACACACACACACACACACACACACACACACACACACACACACAACGAGACCCAGGACAGACCGGGCCUGGAUGGAAUAUAGACUGUCCUCUCACAGAGCGUCACGCAGCAGAAACCCAGAAGGAGGGCAUCUUCUUCGUUGCCCGUUAUGAACGUACAGUAGGAAGUCACAGAGCAGCAACAACAGAGUGUUAAUUUACCUGUAUGGAAAAAGACCCGGCUCACUUAUUCCAUGUUUCUCUACCGCUCUCAACACAUAACAUAUAAUGGAUGGAUUUAAUGCAAUGUUUUUAUUUUUCACCGAAUGGGUUUUUAUUAGUAAUGUUUUUUUGUUUUUAUUAAAGCAAAUUUUAAAAAACCAGAAGCAGUUCAUUGAGUAUUAUUAUUAUUAUUAUUAUUAUUAUUCUGGUUGUUUUUUUUUCAUCGCUUCAUUUCUUUCAGGGUUUUUUUAGCAUGGAGGUAUGUUUAUUUAGUCGUUGGGAAAAUGUGUAUAAGAGUAUAUUCAUUCACCCCAAAUGAAGAAGAACAUUUAAAAUGAUGUUGUACAAUUGUGUAUAAUGUUUCAGUUAAGGAAAAUGUUUUCCCUUAAAUAUCCAUAUUUAUUUUUGUUUUCAUUUUUUUUUAAAUUGCCAAUGCUGUGUUUCCUAAAGCUGGAACAAAACCACAAUAAAAUGCUUCAGAACGGA